CGUACUGUGGGCCGCUUCCGGGUGAACUGAGAUUUCGGAAAAAGGGAAAACCCGGGAAGGUCAGCAUUGCUUUAAAGGGCUCGGGCGGGGAACGGGAAGUUCCCGUGUCCGCAGAGCCUUUCGUCGCUUAGCGUUGCCCCAGUCAGACACGUUUGGGUGCGGUGUUGGAGCCAGUUUGGCAGGUUGGGCAGUGACGGAAUGCCGAUGCUGUUAACUUGGCUUUUCCUCCGUCCUCGGUAAAGCGAACAGAGUAUGCCAGUCAUUACAUCAGGCACCUAUGUUAGGAAGUUGGACUGUGGUGAUUCACCAUGGCUUACGGCUUGCCAAGGAAGAACACAGUGAAAACCAUAUUGCGGGGCAGCUGUUAUAACGUACAGGAACCUUGGGAACUUGCAUGGCUUACAGAGACCUGGUACACGAACCUAGCCAACAUCAAGUUGCCAUUCUUGGGAGAAAUUUCAUUUGGUAGUCCUUUACACCUCAAAAAAACUAAAACCAUUAAGAAUACUCUACUCCCUUCUGCAGAAUCUAUGAAACUUGAAAGGGAGUAUGAAAUGAAGCGCUUGAAUCGCCUGAAAUGUCAGGAGAAUGUAGCUGAGGAAAUUCAGCUUUCCCUAAGGGAAACGCAAAUUGGUUUGAGAAGACCUCUUCCACCUAAGUGAUAUCAUCUCGUAAUUGAA